GCAGCGGUCCUGAUGUGACGUCACGCCAGUGUCCGGUCAGAGGCGGCCACGGACUGACGCGACCGGCUCCGUGAGUCGGUUUAUCCGAACCGAGGCGGUACACCGGGGGCGGGAAUGAUGGAGCGUGUUCCCGGGCAGCGGCGGAGCGACAGCGGCGGGGAAAGCAGCUCUGUUGUCGGGGGGAAUGCGGGAGUUUGACCGCGGACGAAGACGAGCCACCGGGCUGCUGCUGCUCUGCAUCUCCUCCAUCUUGGAUGUUAGUGAUGAUGGAGCACAUCCGGACUCCCAAGGUGGAGAACGUCCGUCUCCUGGAGCGUUCCUCAGGCCAGAGGAAGGCCAGCGUGGGAACCCUCUACCUGUCCGCCACCCACACCAUCUUCAUCGAGAACAACCCUGAGACCCGCAGAGAGACCUGGGUUCUGCACAGCAUGGUCUGCGGCGUGGAGCGGCCGCCCGCCACGCCCUCAGGGAGCCCGCUCGUCCUCCGCUGCAAAGACUUCCGGGUUCUGCAGGUUCUGGUCCCGCAGGAGAGAGACUGCGCGGACGUCCACGCCUCGCUGGUCCGUCUGUCCCGACCCGAGAACUACAGCGAGCUGUACUGCCUGUCCUUCAACCCCAACGUGAACAAGGAGGAGCGGGAGGAGUCCUGGACCUUCAUCGACCCGCAGGCCGACUACAGGAGGAUGGGCGUCCCCAACAACCUGUGGGUCUCCACCGCCGCCAACAGCGAGUACCGGGUCUGCGACACGUACCCCGCUGAGCUGUUCGUCCCAAAGUCGGCCACGCCCGCCGUCAUCGUGGGCAGCUCCAGGUUCAGGAGCCGAGGACGCUUUCCUGCUCUGUCCUACUUCCACCAGGACACGCUGGCGGCGGUGUGCCGGUGCAGCCAGCCGCUGUCGGGCUUCAGCGGCCGCUGCCAGGAGGACGAGACGAUGCUGCAGGCGCUGAUGAAGUCCAACCCAGGGAGCGACUUCAUCUACGUGGUGGACACCCGGCCCAAGCUGAACGCCAUGGCGAACCGGGCGGCGGGGAAAGGCUACGAGAACGAGGACCACUACGCCAACAUCAAGCUGCAGUUCAUCGGCAUCGAGAACAUCCACGUGAUGAGGAGCAGCCAGCAGAAGAUCAUGGACGUGGGCGAGAUGCGCGGCGCCUCCAUGACGGACUUCCUGUGGGGGCUGGAGAACUCUGGCUGGCUGAAGCACAUCAAAGCCGUUCUGGACGCCGGAGUCUUCAUCGCCAGGGCGGUGGCUGACGAAGGUGUGAGCGUUCUGGUUCACUGCUCGGACGGAUGGGACCGGACGGCCCAGGCCUGUUCUGUGGCCAGUAUCCUGCUGGACCCGUUCUACAGAACCAUCAAAGGCUUCAUGGUGCUGAUAGAGAGGGACUGGGUUUCUUUCGGCCACAAGUUCUCCCACAGGUACGCUCACCUGGACGGAGAUCCCAAAGAGGUGUCCCCCGUCAUAGACCAGUUCCUGGAGAGCGUGUGGCAGCUCUCUGAGCAGUUUCCCUGUGCCUUCGAGUUCAACGAGCGCUUCCUCAUCGCCGUCCGCACACACGUCUACUCCUGCCAGUACGGCACCUUCCUGGGGAACUGUGAGAAGGAGCGCCGGGACCUGAGGCUUCGUGAGCGCAGUCACUCGGUGUGGCCGCAGCUGUGGAAGGACAGGUCCCAGUACACCAACCCGCUUUAUAAGGCCGAGCUGGGCCAGAGCCAGGGCAUCCUGAGGCCCAACACCACCCCCUACUGCUUCAAGAUGUGGAAGGGCCUCUACAACCACGCGGAGAAACCGCCGCCCCCCCGACAGUCACCCGCUGACUUCCUGUCUGCCGUCAGGGAGGAGUCCCAGCAGCUGGAGGAGGAGCUGACCAAUCAGCAGGAGAGGAUCGCGGCUCUCACCGGCAGACCGGUCACCUGGGAGAAGACGGCGGUUCCGAGGAGAAGUAGGCGCCUGCCGCAGAGACACAGCGGGCCGGACCCGCCCUCCUCCUACUCUGGGCCAAUCGCCAGCUCUGAACUUCAGAACAGUCACCCGCCGGCCAAUCAGAGGGCUCAGAGAGCAGGCUCCGCCCCCUCCGGCCCGCCCGGGCAGCAGCUGAGGAGUCCGGACGCUGAGGACGCUUCGGCCUGCAGCGACCGGGAGUCGGGGGUGGCCGACCUCAGCAGCCGCUCAUCCUGCGGGGGGGAGGACAGCAAGGACCCGGAGCUGGAGUGAGGCUGCCCGCGCUGCUGCCUGACAGGAAUAAAGGGACCCGUGUUAUUUAUUGAGCCACCGGCUGGACGUCAUGGCUCAGACUCAGCAGUUUCUCUUUAUCCUCCUUCCUGCUGCUGUUUUCUGAGCAGAUGGAGGUCAGACGCGUUUUCCUGAUGGAGCCCGCUGCGCAGAACGGCGCCGCAGCGCAGAACGGCGCCGCAGCGCAGAACGGCGCGGCGCUGCGGGCUCCAUCAGGAACACCUGGUCAUUUCUGUCCACUGUGAAGCCAGUUAAAUGUGGGUCCAGCCCUGAGGAGCCGGGCCUCCUGUCCGGAGACACAGAACCAACCCGAGCUUCAGGUCCAACGGGCCCCUCAGGGGACCAGAACCCGGCCUCCUGAGUCCUGCUGGCCUUUAACUCGCUUCUCAGUCUAUUCCCCAUAAAAAGUCCUUAAACUUCAGAUGUUUACAGCAGCAGCUGCACUUUGGUCGUGUUUAUUGUUUCCUGACGUCUUUGUUGUUGUUUUUAAUGUAUUCUUAGUUUAGUUUUCCACGUUCUGAUCCAACAUGGAGCCGGCUGAGGCGGGGGAAGGACUUCUGGACCAACCCAGGUUCUGGUUCCUGUCUCCAUGCAGUAGUCUGUUUUAGUCUCAGAACCGGACCUCUGGGUUCUGUGUUGUCUGUACCGUCAGCGUUGUGUCGAUGUUGUAGAAUCAAUAAAUGCUCUGAUAAAGGGAACCAGC